AAUCAAAAAAUCUAAGAUUCGGGAUCGGCUUCAAGUUUACUCUACCUGACGGUUUUAACAAGUGUUUUAUGAAUGAAAUACCUCAAAAACAUUGCUAAAACUUAAAUCAUCAAACAAAAUGAAUACUCUUGAUAAGCAAUUGGCUGAUUUGAGGAUAUACGCAAACGAAUUGGACGCGAAAUUACAAGAUGAUAUCAAUGCAGCCAAGAUGAAACCAUCUAUACCACCGAAAAAGAACAAAGCACCCCAGCCACAAAUUCCUCAAAGUUACACUGUAAAAUCGGCUUGCGAGCCGUCGUAUUCUUCUAGGCUAGAAUAUGGAAGCCGUACUAGUUCCACUUAUUCAAAUUUAGUGCCAGUGAAGAGUUGUAUCGUUAGGAAUACUGCAAGAGUUAGAAGCGGGGAUGUUUUGUUAUAUAGCAAUUUAUUGCCCCCUGGAGGCACAAAUCAUGUCUAUUCGAACAUUCCUGUUCAACGUAGCAUGGCGGAGAGUAUUUACGGGGGCGUAGCUGAUACCAGAUCGGAAGUGUCGAGAAUAAGUGACUUAUGUGCUCAGUCCAAUUAUAGUGAGCUCCGUCGUCCCGGUUCUGCAUAUCCACCAUCUUCUGCGUCUGUGAAUGCCCAAGAUUUUUCAACUUAUGGUGGAUCACAAACAUCCUCUACUUACGAGUCACUGUAUGAACCUAUCAAUCCAAGACCUUGCAGUCAAUUAUCAGGCACUUCCUUAUAUGGGGGUUAUGUUGGUACCACCACAGAACCUACUCCUGAACCUGAUGAAGAGCUUUAUUGUGGCAAUUGCUAUCGUUGUGGUGAGAAAAUUAUGGGUGAAACAACAGGUUGUACUGCAAUGGAGAGGAUUUACCACAUUAAGUGUUUCUGUUGCCAUCAAUGUGGCAUAAACUUACAGGGUCGUCCAUUUUAUGCAGUUCAAGGUAAAGCACUCUGCGAAAGAGAUUACUUGGACACACUAGAAAAAUGUUGUGUUUGUGGUGACCCCAUAUUGGACCGAAUACUCAGAGCCACAGGCAAACCAUACCACCCAAGAUGUUUCACAUGUGUAGUCUGCCAGAAGAGUCUUGAUGGAAUACCAUUCACAGUAGACGCUGUGAACCGAAUUCACUGCAUUGAUGAUUUCCACAAAAGAUAUGCACCACGUUGUGCAAGAUGUCGAGAGCCGAUAGUACCAGAAGGUGGUGCUGAGGAGACAGUUCGUAUUGUAGCUCUGGACAAGAGCUUCCACAUCGCCUGUUACGCCUGCGAGGAUUGCGGGACGUCGCUCUGCUCACGUCAAGAAGGUCGGGGCUGCUACCCACUAGAUAACCACUUGUAUUGCAAAGAGUGUAAUGCCUCAAGAAUUCAGGAAAUAUCUAGAAAUAUAAGCUAAACACAUGGUUAGAAUGAUAAACAUUGUAUUGAAUGCCAUGUUUUUAUAUACUAAGGAUAAUACCAACUUAUUAGUCUAGUAAGAAUGUUAUACGUUGAUAUGCAAUAGAAGAUAAUAUGAUUGUAAAGUAACCAUUUUAGUAUUCAUAAAUAUUUUUGCUUUAUUAUGUAUUUUGUAAAUAUUAUGGGUAUGUAUCAUAUGAGCAGUAUUAGUUACCUUAAUAAUAGAGAUGUAUGAUCAUUUGGAAAUUACAGAAUCAAAAUUUGUAACUGAACUACUAAAACUUAAACAAACUACUUUUUAGUUUUAUUAAAUGAGUAGUGUGUGUAGUAAUAAAAUAUUACAAUGCAACACAAAAAAAAAUGAUAUUAAAAUACUGAAAAUUGAGUUAAAUUAAUUUUCAAGGAAUUAUAAAGGAAUUCCAAGAUAAAAUUUAAACAAAAUGAAUUGUAUUUAAGUCAUAUUUUAAGAUUUGCAAAUUGAUAUUAUAAUGUAUUUGAUUAUAACGUAAUAGGUACAUAGGUAUGAGAAAUUUAUCUACAUUGUAUGAGAAUAUAUCACAAUAGAACUUAUCCCUAAUUGAUUUUAUAUAGCUCAUUCCAUCUAUCGUCUGUCCUGAAACAUAUAUUUUAAUGCAGUAUGACAGAGCCUAUAUCUAAAUUGGUUCUAAAUCUUAAACCUGCUUAGUUCAUUUGACUGCAGAAAACCCUUAUGUAGUAAUCUGAUAUGUACACACGAGUGCUGAAAUCUUAAAAUAAUGUAUUAGUUAAGGACUCUUAUGGUGUUCCCGUAUUACUAUAUUGAAAUUAUCAAAUCUUUAAAAUUAGUUCUUUAUAAUUUUAUGAAAAUUUUAAGAAAAAUUAUGUUUUUUAUUAUACUUGUGCAAAAUUACCGAUUUCUGCAAUCGAUUUUGAAUUAUUGAUUAAGGUUUGAAAUUUAUUAGAGAAAAAGUAGUUUUUGUAAUCCUAUGAGCUGUUGACUGUACAUAUUAGUUUCAAUAUGUAUCGCAAAGUAAUGCUUUUAUUACAGUUAUAUUAUUUUUGUGUUUGCAUAUUUUUAUAACAACCAUACUUUUAUAACGUAUCAAAUAGAUAUAAUAGUGUGUGUGAUUUAUCUAUGAAGUGUAAUAUUAUGUAGGUAUUUUAACAUUCCUAUUAUGCAUUUAGUAUUUAUAUUGUAAUAUAUAAAUAAUGGCUGUGUAAAUCAGACAUUGACAUUAUUAAGUGCUGAUAAUUGUGAUUUGAUAUCAUUUAAGUUUUUAUUACGACUAAUGUGCUAAGUUUUUUAUGUUGUGCUAAAGAAAAGUGAAGUAUUAUAUUUUGUUAGUUAUUGAAUGAUGUUGUUUUAUGUAUUCAUAAAACUACUUUUGUACUUAU